AUGGUCCCGCCUUUAGUUGCACAAGAUCAGCACCCCAACGGGUUGUGGGUUGUAUGGGAAUCAAGGGAACAAACUAAUUCUUCCAUUGCAUCCAAUUCUUGUGGAAAUGAACUAAAAAAGACUCCGGAGACGUUGGAUGGGAAACCGCGUGGUCAAGUUACAAAGCCGGGAAUUAAUAGGCACAAAGUCCACAUAGCCGGUAUCAAGGGGAAGGGUGUGAAACCAUGCCUUAGAGCAAGUGAGGAUCAAAAACCCAAAUGUCGUGAGGCACUUAAGGAAAAAAGGUCUAAAAAGGUAGAGAAGCUAUUGAAUGUUGCUAGAUUAAAAGGUGAUGUGAUUAUGUCUUUGUCUACACAUGAGGAAAAAGAAGAAGAAGAAGAAGAAAUUUCUAUUAUUGAAGGAAGGACAAGGAAAAGACAUAUUAAUGUGGGUACCAUGGAUCAAUUUGCAAGGCCAAUCAAAGUUGAUUAUGCUUCUAUGAGUGCAAGUAAGAAAAUGAAACAACAAAAUGUUAAAGAUGUAAUUUUCAAGAAAAGAUUGCUUGAAGUUCAUCAAUAUUUAGCAAGAUGUGUAUAUGAAGCCGGGAUUCCUUUUAAUGCCAUUGACAAUGAUAGCUUCAAAAGAUUUGUUGAAGCUCUUGGUCAAUAUGGCCCGGAUUAUACUCCUCCUUCUCAAUAUCAACUAAGAGAGCCACUUUUGAAGGGAGAGGUGGAGAGAACAAAAGAAAUACUCAAGAAGCAAGAAGAAGAGUGGAAAAAUAGUGGGUGUUCUAUCAUGACCAAUGCUUGGAGUGAUAGAAAAAGAAAAAGCAUCAUGAAUUUAUGUGUGAAUUGGAAACUAGGAACCACAUUUGUUUCUUUAAAGGAAGCUUUGGAUGAUGCUCACACUGGUCAAUACAUAUUUAACUACGUCAACAAAUGUAUUAAAGAUAUUGGGUAUGAAAAUGUGGUUCAAAUUGUGACCGACAAUGCUUCCAAUAAUAUGGCCACUGCAAAUUUGUUAGCAUUAGAAUGGUCUAACAUCUUCUGGAUAUCAUGUGCUAGUCAUACCAUAAACCUUAUGCUUGAAGGAAUCUCUAAACUUCCUAGCUUCAAAGGAGUGAUUGAUAAGGCCAAAUCCUUCACUAUUUUCAUCUAUGCACAUCAUAAGACUUUGGCAUUGAUGAGAAAGUUAACCAAAAAAGAGAUUGUUCGUCUGGGAGUCACUAGAAUUAUGUUUGAGGUAUUCACUCCAUUAGUGAAAGUGCUUAGACUUGUUGAUGGAGAGGAGAAGCCUUCAAUGGGCUUUGUUUUUGGAGAACUACUAAAGGCAAAGGAUGACAUUAAAAAGAUGUUGAAGAAGGAAGGUGACUAUAUGCCGAUCUUCAACAUUAUUGAUGCUAAAAGCAAGGAUCGUCUCAAUAGUCUACUCCUUAGCUUGUAA